CCCACCUCCCCUAACCUUCUUCGUUGUUCUCAUAUCUCAACUUGUCUUUCUCUCUUCUUCUUCUUCUUCUUCUUCUCUCUCUCCUGAGUUCAGAUCCUCUGAAGUGAAGGUUUACGCUGCAUCUUCAUUUCUAGGGUUUUUCAUCUCCAUUUGCAACCCUAAUUCCAAAACCUUCGAGGAUUUUGCUGCUUAAUCGGUCCGUUUCUUCCAGCUGAUUCGCCGCAAAUUUGAGGUUUCACCUUGAUCUUCGAUCUGUUUCGAUCCGUCGAAGCUAGUGACACUUCUUUUGUGCGGUGAAGUUUUCUUGCUGUUUCGAUCUGUUUUGAAAAGGAAAAGGAAAAGGAAAGGAAGAACAGAAGAUGCAGCCAGAUCAGCUCAAGAAGGACAUGAAAGAGUUGGACUUCUUCACCGACUAUGGGGAUGCCAACAGAUACAAGAUUCUUGAAGUUAUAGGGAAGGGUAGCUAUGGAGUUGUCUGUGCAGCAAUUGACACACACACUGGGGGGAAAGUUGCAAUAAAGAAGAUUAAUGAUGUUUUUGAGCAUAUAUCCGAUGCCAUUAGAAUCCUGCGCGAGGUCAAGUUGCUAAGACUUUUAAGACACCCUGAUAUUGUUGAUAUUAAGCGGAUCAUGUUGCCACCUUCAAAGAGAGAUUUUAAAGAUAUUUAUGUGGUCUUUGAGCUCAUGGAGUCUGAUCUCCAUCAAGUCAUCAAAGCUAAUGAUGACUUGACCCGCGAACACCAUCAGUUUUUUCUUUAUCAGAUGCUACGUGCUUUGAAGUAUAUGCAUACAGCAAAUGUGUAUCACAGAGACCUUAAGCCCAAGAACAUACUGGCUAAUGCAAACUGCAAGCUCAAAAUUUGUGAUUUUGGACUUGCCAGAGUUGCAUUCAAUGAUGAACCAACUGCAAUAUUUUGGACGGAUUAUGUUGCUACUAGAUGGUACAGAGCCCCUGAGCUGUGUGGAUCGUUCUCAUCUAAGUAUACACCAGCGAUUGAUAUAUGGGGCAUAGGAUGCAUUUUUGCUGAGGUGCUAACAGGAAAACCGUUGUUCCCUGGCAAAAGUGUUGUGCAUCAAUUAGAUUUGAUUACUGAUCUUCUUGGGACACCAUCACCCGAAGUUAUUGCAGGAGUUCGAAAUGAGAAGGCAAGGAAGUACCUCACAGAAAUGCGGAAGAAACCUCCUGUGCCAUUUGAAAAGAAAUUUCCAAAUGCUGAUCCAUUGGCACUUCGCCUACUGCAAAGGCUUUUAGCAUUUGAUCCAAAGGAGCGGCCAACUGCCCAAGAGGCACUAGCUGAUCCUUUCUUCAAGGGUUUGGCCAAAGUUGAGAGAGAGCCUUCAUGUCAGCCAAUUUCAAAAUUGGAAUUUGAGUUUGAGAGGAGAAGAUUGAAUAGGGAGGAUGUUAGAGAACUACUAUAUCGAGAGAUUCUGGAGUAUCAUCCUCAGCUUCUCAAAGAUUACAUGAAUGGAAUGGAAGGGACAAAUUUCGUCUAUCCUAGUGCCAUAGAUCAUUUGAGGAAGCAAUUUGCUUAUCUUGAGGAAAACCAUGGUAAAAGUGGCCCUGUGAUUCCUCCGGAGAGGAAGCAUGCUUCCCUUCCAAGGUCCACGGUACAUUCUAGUACAUUUACUCCCAGUGCCCAGCCAUCAUUCCCUCCGAAUGAGAACAAGCAAAUUGCAGAAGAUGCAUCUAAGAUUUCGAGAGCUGCCGGAGAAUCUAAUUCAACCAGUCAUAUAAUAAGGCCUUCGAGACCUCCACCAAAGGUGCCAACAGCAAAACCGGGUAGAGCUGUAGGGACGACGGUUUCGUACUAUGAUAGUGGGAGAAACAUGAAAGACAAUUAUGACCCGAAGAUGUUCUACCGAAAUACUCUUCCUCAAGCAGUCUCUCCACACUGUUUCCAAAGGAUGUGCCCUACAAACCCCAAAACGCCAUCGGAGGCAUACAAGGAUGUUUCACAAGGCAAACACCAACUUCCAUCCCAGCAGGGUAAUGUGCCAGCGAGACUGGCUAUAGAUCUUAAUACCAACCCAUACUACCAGCACGGGAAGAGUGAUCAUGUCUCUGCCAUUGAUGCUAAGUUGAUUCAAGCACAAUCUCAGUUUGGUGCAGUUGGUGCUGCCGCAGUAGCCGUGGCUGCACACAGGCACUCGGGGUGCUUUUAGCGUUUGAUUAUCAUAGGUUGUUAGGAGGUAUUGAAUUAGAGACAUGUUAUAUGCUCUGUGCUCUAUGCUUUGCCUGGAGUUGGAGGGUUAGGAAGUUGCUUAAUUUUUAGACUGGUUUAGGUUUGGUUUUUCACUUCUUUCAGAGUACCAUCUGUGUAAUUAUAUAUGUACAUCAUUUAAUUGAUCAAUAAAAUGAUAAUUGUUUUUCCA